CCUUUUUUAUUUUAUUUAUUUUAUUUUUUAUAUUUUUUUAUUUUACAGCAGCAUCAUGGGCAUCCUCGACGAUCUUAUUCCCAGGCCUACAGCUCCCCCAGCCACAAGAACACUCAACGUCGGGCAGUAACAAGUAGCCAAACAACAACAACGACAACAGAAGAAAUCGCCAUAACAAUAGCCCCCGAUAAUACUUGCGGAUACAUCUCAGAACGACUUGGAGCAAGCAGAGCCUGCCCAAUUGACGAUUGGUGCUACUUCUUCCCUCCCAUGCCAGCCCAAUCAUUCACAAACGGUGGUGUCUUAUGCUGUGGAGAGACAUCUUGUCAAUAUCAUGCAACAUGUAUCAACUCGGAGGAGUACUUUGUGUCGAGUAAAUGCGAUGGUGGUUGUGAGGUUGACAACUACACUCUAAAAUGGCAACUCACUCCCUUCUCUUCUCAUGCCAUCACAGAUUCAGCAUCUCCGUACUGUAAUACUGUAUCAUGGGAGGGAAGCACAUUCGAUUAUUGGUGCAACGACCUCGAUAUCUCCACAGCACAAAGCGCCGCUCUCACCUACAAAGGCCAAACAUCACGAGAAUUCAGCACCAUCAAUGAGCGAGACUACAGUUCUCUGCUCUCACAAAUGGCCGAGGCACAAACUGAAGGAAGUAUCAAUGCCGAAGCGACAGGAACAGCAACAUCCCAAUCUACCGCUACUGAGACAAACAAAGAUAGUGGCAGCUCAGGAACACCAGUAGGCGCAAUCGCUGGAGGAGCAGUUGGCGGUGUAGCAGCACUCGCUCUUAUCGGCGUGGCAGUGUUCUUCUUCCUCCGCCGAAAGAAGAAGCAGAACAAAACUUCAAGCUCAUCAGAAUACCAACAAGCACCUGGAGGUGACAAACCUGGGUGGAACCAGCAACAGCAACCGCAACAGGGUGGUUAUUACUAUGAUCCAAAUACGCCGUCUACAGGUUAUAGCGGAAGUCCGAAUGGCUAUCCUGCUGGGUAUCAACAACCUGCUAUUCAUGAAGCCGGGGGUGAGGCUGUGGGGAGUAAACCUCAAGAGCUUCCAGAUAGUGGACCUGGGGAAAAGGAGCCUGUAGAGCUUGCUUGA